UCCAUAUUAUUUUCACCUUAUCCACUCUACGUUCUCUCUCUCUCACUCACACACACACAUAUAUAGUCUGUAACUCUCUUUUUCUCUACUUAGAAUUCUUCACCUUUCGAAUCAUACCACCCACCUUUCUCUAAAAACUCCCAAAUCACCAAUCUUAUAUCUCAUGUCGACCUCCGCCAACUUCAUGCCUCCUCCUCCACCAUUUUCCACAAUGAUGAAUAAAUCAGUUUUUGUUCGUUCCGUGUGGGCUAACAAUCUCGAAUAUGAAUUUUCCUUGAUUCGUAGCAUAAUCGACCGUUUUCCUUUUGUUUCAAUGAAAACACAGUUUCCUAGUGUUAUCCACCGAUCUGAUUUUCUUUUUUGGAACCCGAUUGAUCACUACAACAUUAUGAGAAGGAAUGUAAAUGCGAUUAAACUAGAUCAACUUGGGAUUAUGCUAACUGAUGCCUCUGGUAACCUGCCAGACUUUGACGGUUUGUAUAGCUUUACAUGGGAGUUCAAUUUUUAUGAUUAUGAUGUUGUGUAUUAUAAUCAUACACUUAGUUCGAUUGGGUUGCUUCAUGAGCAUGGAUUGCACUUUCAGAGGAUAUGUGCUAAUGGUAUUGAUACUUUCCAUUUUGCUGAGUUAAUGAUGGCGUCUGGAUUGAUUUGCAACAAUGAUGUUUCGUAUAUCACUUUUCACAGCGGAUAUGAUUUUGGCUACCUGAUUAAGAUUCUAACAGGGCGUGAGUUACCAAAUGUAUUGCCACAGUUUAUAAUGUUAAUGAGAGUGUUUUUCGGUGACAAGGUUUAUGAUGUAAAACAUAUGAUUAUUUUUUGCCAGAACUUUUAUGAUGAAAUGAAUUGGGUUACAAAUUAA